GGGAUGUGUAGUCCGUGACACACUGAACAUCAACGUCACAGCCCAGCUCCACUAUGGCGGCUAAAACAGUUUUGGAAAAAGGGUCUUCCUUUAUGGACCCGCUUAAAGGUGUCCUGCUGGAUUAUAUCAUGCCAGAAUCAUGUUACGACGAGUUUUUCCUUAACUUCAACUUUCUAGAUGUGCCAUGUCUGAAGAUUGUGCUGAGCAAAGGCCUGGGGAUCGGCAUCAUCCUGGGAUCUGUGAUGGUGAAGCUACCGCAGAUCUUGAAGCUGAUGGGAGCUAAGAGCGCUGAGGGACUGAGCUUCAACUCUGUGCUGCUGGAGCUGCUGGCCAUUACAGGAACCAUGGCCUACAGUAUAUCCAACAACUUCCCCUUCAGUUCGUGGGGUGAGGCUUUGUUCCUCAUGUUGCAGACGGUGACCAUCGGCUUCCUCAUCCAGCAUUACGGCGGGAGAACUGGCCGAGGUCUGCUGUUCCUGGUUGUGUAUUUUGGCCUGCUGGCCUUGCUGUUAUCUCCACUCACUCCCAUUUCGGUGGUUACCACCAUGCAGGCCUCAAAUAUGCCAGCCAUCAUCAUCGGCAGGCUGAUCCAGGCAGCCACCAACUUCCGUAACGGACACACCGGGCAGCUCUCUGCCAUUUCUGUCUUCCUGCUGUUUGCAGGAUCCCUCGCUCGCAUCUUUACCUCAAUACAGGAAACUGGAGACUCCCUGAUGGCGCUCACAUACGUCAUAUCCUCUUCCUGUAAUGGCAUCAUCGCCCUGCAGGUCCUCUACUACUGGAACAGCUCCCCACAACAGAAGAAGAAGAAAAAGAGCGAGUAAUUAAAAGAAGGUGGCUACAGUUCAGUGGUAGGGCAAAUCUCAGUAGGCUACAUUUUUCUACCCAAACCUGCUGUUGGGCAGAAGUAAGUCAGCAAAAGGUCUCCUCAAAUCUUUAAAGGACAAUUGUAUAAAUGAAACACAUAAACAGACCCGGGGGGAAAAAAGACUGCCCAGCUCAACGCUCUGUUGAGUCAACAGCAAACGCCUGAACUUAAAAUGCAAAGCACAUAUGAUUUUCUUUUGUUUGUUUUUUGUUGUUUUUUGUUCUUUUCUUUUUUUGACAUCUCACCUUGGUUUCACUAUGAGUUCAGUUCUUGCAGGAAUAUUGGCUUUAAGAGUGACAUUUAGUGUAGUUUUGAAGCGGUGCAUUAGCUCAGGAAAGGGUAACUGUCUUAGCAUUCCACUUGAUCUACUCUCCAUCCACAGGGAGGCUUUGUCCAUACUAGCCCAUUUGAAUAUUUGGAAAAGGUUUUUGAUUCUUUCCAUUAAUUCCCCUACACCAGGAGCCUGUAAUUGUGUUUUUCAGUAAAAUCACCUGGGCACAGAGUUUGGAAAUGCCUCAGAAAUCAAUGAACAGUUGGUUCAGGUCAGUUAGUUUUGGACGGUUAGUUAGUUUUUUUUUCUCUUAACUUGAUGAUGUAGACUGUUGGACAUUUUAUAGUCACUUGCAACCUGACAAAAAUAGAUAAAUCAGUUGAGAUCAUUUUUAUUGUUAAACCAUGAAAUAGCCAUGCACAUUGUAGGAAAAGUAGAGAUUUGAACUCUGUUUAGCAGUGGGGGGGACCGUUAUCGGAUAGCAACUCUCAGGUUAUAUGUCAGAAACAUUGCUGUGUGGCUUUGUUAUCAUUGGAGAUGCUGAAAUAAUGUUUUUUUUUUCCACAUAUUGUUGAGGUAUACAACCUUCACAAGUUCCACUAACUGAAAAUUAUUUGCAAAAACCCUGAGAACUUUCUUUUUGGACAUUUGUGUUGGAUUACAAGUAGCAGAACAUUACCAAAUAAGUUUUGGCGUAGCAUUUUUAAACAUCAGUGUAAUGUUGUCAAAUGAAUAGUGCUACCUGCUACAAGACCGUGGUGGAGAUGAUUGGUCGGCUUGAUCUCACACCAGUGGUGAAGUCAUUCACUUCAAGAUAACACCUGACACCUGUCGCCCCUGUAGUUCUGUAGUUACUCCACCAUCCAGCAGCUUUCCCACCAAAUCCAGCUGUGACACCCAGUGCAAACUGCAGUGUAGAGGUUUCAUUUGUUUGGGAUAAUUACAAGAACGUUGUUUGAUUUGGUCGUGUUUUAUUGAGCCUGACACAUAGAGCACUUUUAAUAAGAGAUGACUGCUGUCUCACUGAGGACCACACAGAAACAAGACAUCAGUCCAAAUAUCUGAGAGCAUGAAAACGUGGCAUUUCUGUUAAUCCUAGAAUUCCAGUCUUUUUGAACACAGUCUAGAAGACACCACAUGGUGGAUUCAGCUGAGGGAUCAAACAACUGUUGAGUUUGACAUGUUAAUAUAUUUAAGGUGGGAAAACACAAAAAUAGGUAAUUGCUUCGAGAGACAUUUGUGAAAGCCUUGUACACCACAUCAGUGUGCACCUUCUGACCUUUUUGCGUCAUCACUGAAAACGCUGAAUUUCCUAUUGAGAAUGAUCGCAUGUACUGUAACAAUGAAGUCAUGAUCUGAAACAUGAAUUCUGAAAUUUUAAAGAGGAAGCAAAAGCUGGCAAGAGCGCUCAGUCUUGUUGAGUCGGCUCAACAGGUUCAACAGAAAUGAUGGGACCAUAUCACCUAAACCGAGGUGACAUCCAAUUCCUACUUUCAAAACAAUACUUGUGAUAAAGUAUUUCUUCUGUUUGGGGUUUGUCAUGAUUUGCAGUUUUAUCAUACAUUUUGGAAUUGGAGUGACUUGUUGAGAAAACUUUUCCAAUUAAAAUAAAAGAUUGUUCUGCUGGUACAGGGGAAUAAGUGGAAGUCUGUCCCUUUGAUGUGUGAUGCAGUGGAAAAUAAAAAGGAGAGUACAUGCUGCUGCUUGGAGA